AUGACCGUACCCAGUCGCGAACUAUGGCUCACUCCUGCAGACUCGCUUGUUACUCAUUCUAAGUUCUACCCCACAAAGAUCACGGUUUCCCACCACCAACUGCGACAUUUCAUCAGUUCGUCGGAGAAAGACCUCAUUUACUAUGUGUCAUGUAAGGACGUAUUUGUCCUCGACCUGGCAACCCAACAGAACUCGCUGAUCGCGACAAUACCCUUCGAGUCCCGAUGUUUGGCUGCCGACCUGGGCUGGGUCUGUGUGGGAGGAGAACAAAAUGGUGACUGCGCCUUCAUCAAGGUCGAGAAGGACGAACAUGAUCGGCCGACGUGCUUUGGUCAUGACAUGCAUAUUGAUUUGUUGGGAGGAGAAAUAGUCAACGCCAUGAGCAUUCACACAGUCCUGAACCAUGGCAAGACCCCCGACGAACCGGUAGUCUUGAUCAGUAAUAACGACAAGACCGUCAAGAUCUACUCUCUGGCUCAACGACAGGUGCUGACGACUCUACCGCAUCCCGUCCCAAUGAACUUCGCCGCCUUGUCUCCCGACUCCACGAUCCUUGCAGCAGUUGGGGACUCCGACCGUGUAUACUUCUAUCGACGACACCUGGAGGAAGACCGGGACAUGAUCGAUGGUUCUUCCGGCAGGUACGCCAAAUAUCACUGGCAGAUGUUCGCAAACCCGGCGGUGCCGACUGGUGAACCCGUCUAUGACGACCACAGCUUCGCAGUGACCUUCUCACCUUCCGGAUAUCUCUGCGCCGCUUCCUCCCAAGGUGGAUCAAUCUCGAUAUUCGACAUGCGACAUCUUCUGAGCAGUAAUGAAGCCGGUGAAUCAUCCAUAAUAUGCACCUUCAGGUCGUCACGCCAAGCUUUGUUUGGAUGCGUCAGGUCCAUGACCUUUUCUCCCGCACCGUGGGAUCUCCUAGUCUGGGCGGAAGACCACGGGAGAAUAGGUGUCGCGGAUGUGAGACAGUCCUGCGUUCGACGACAAAUAUUGGACCUCGAUCGUCUAAAGACAGAGGAAGUCAAGCUCGAAGAUGGAACUCCCGUCGCGUUUCGCAAUAUAGGUCACAAGGAACGGUUGAUGCAGCAGCGUCUCGCACGGUUAAGAGCCAUGCGUAGCUUGUCUUCCAGGGAGGUAGAUAACGAGCUAAGCGCUGAUGAUCUUCUCAACGAGUCUGGGCAGAGGCCUAAUCGCCGUGAUCUGGUCAACUACGAGGGCUUGGAUCUGGAUGCGCACCAAAGAUCGAUUGAUGAGGCGCUUGAUACCUUGAUGGACAACAUGGGACUACCCCCAGCCCGCCCGGCCAUUAUCAACUCUUCUUCCCCAGGUUGGAUUGCUGGGAGGUUAGCAAAUGAUGCUGCCUCACAGCCCCUAGGAACCGGUCGCCCGGUCGGUCCUCGCUCCCAUGAACCGAGAAGGAGAUCUUCUGUGGUUCUAUCCGAGCCCAAUCAAAGUCUAUAUCUCGAUCUCAACCCCAACUCUCGCGCAAGGCUGUCUGCCUCUCCCGCGAGGAUCGGCGACGACGAGGAUCGGUCAGCUAUGUCGACAAAUACUUUAACUCCAGCCUCCGGGUCUGAUUCACAGUCAGGACCCUCUUCUAUUCCGCCGAACGACCCCUGGCAUGUCAUUCAAACAGCACUUGAGUCGACUCGGGUAUCAGACUACACCAAUCGCAGUCGGGCGCUUCUUGCUCGGGUCGAAGCCGCCUUGGAAGCUGAACGGCAACUUGGUAGCCAACUGGAGCGUCAACUAGCCGACGAGAGACAAUUGUCACUCUUACUUCGGAGGCAGCUUGACAACCAACAGCGUCUACUCAGCGAGAACUCGAAUCAACUUGACCAACUCCGGGUGGCAGCAAGGGAGUCAAAUGACCGUAUUGCGGCUUCAUUGGAACGGAUCGCACAGCAACAGCUGACCUUUGAGCAACAGUACUUACAACAACGGUCGCAGGAAUUGCAGAGUGAGUUGAGAGUUGGAACGGAGUACUCUAGAAGACUGCAAAACGAGCGAGACCGGAUCUUGGGUGGUGGUUCGGGAACUGAUCAGAACGCUUCCACCCCUUCAGAUUCGAGCUCAGCCCGGACUACGACGCUGCCCACCACGAAUCUUAGAGCGUCCGGUCAGUCGGACAACGUUCCCGCCAUCCUCACGGAUUAUUCCGAGUCCAGCCGCCAGAGACUAGCCCAUAUCGAAAACUUGGAACGACAGGUACGCAGAGCAGAGUCAAGAGUCGCUCAGGCAGUCCUUGACACCCAAGCUCUGGAAAACGCGAUUCAGCACGACAUGGGUGCACGAUUCGCGGCCAUGCAAAGCACCCUCAAUGCGGCCGAAGCUCGAUUAGCAUCAAUCAGAACUCGGACCGUAGCCAACCUCAACGAGGCGACCACGGCAAGCAACACUGCUGGCGCAGGUUCGUCUCAGAGAGAGCCCCUACUCAUCAACCGGCCUUCGGUAGCCACCGCCGGCCUACGUAGAGGUCCCAUGCCCAUGCCGUCGGGUUCGCCAGCUCAGCGGGCCGGUGACAGUAGCGGUAAUGAGGCAGGACGUGUCGAUGUUGCCAGAUCUGGCGUUGCCGGUCGCGUUCCCGAUGCCGAUAUGCGCAUGGCACGAAUCAUGUUUUUGAGUGGCGUGUCCGGAAACAGAUCGAUCGAUGCCAACGGUAACUGGACGCCUCCAGCGAAUGAAUCGGGGUUGCACCGCGUUCUGGGUGCCGGUGGGAGGCCGAUGCUUGUAUCGGGAGGGCCGGGUCAGGUCGAGCUAGGCACAACGGGAAUAGCAUUCAGUCCGGAUGGGCAAUCCCUGUACGCCGGUUCUGAAGAAGGAAUCUUUGAAUUCAAGGUCAACCUCCGCGACCGCAUGGCCUUUCCUUCGUUCGAGGUGAGGUAA